UCAACUAUCACGCAACUUAGAUAACGUGACACCAAGACGAAAGUUAGUAGCGUCAAGGCGUAACCUCAAUACCGUCCACUUAGACCUCAGUUCUACUUCAACCUUAAGCGUGACAGAAUCUGCGUGAUGGUGAAGGGAAGUUUAGCUUUAGUUACCGGAGCCAGCAGUGGUAUGGGCAGAGAGACAUGUAAGGUGCUGGCCAGGGAAGGAGCUACUGUGGUGGUCACCUGUAUAGAUGAGGCAGGAGCUAACGAGACUCUCAAACUGUUACCAGGAUCUGGCCACUCCGUAUUCAAAUACGACGUCACCAACUUCCAGUCAGCUGACGAACUACUGAAGGCGAUUAUCCAGAAGUACAAUAGGCCUCCUAACAUCCUCGUGAAUAGUGCUGGAAUCCUGGCCGCUUCAUCAACAUUGGACAUGACUCCUGAAUUUUUACAGAGAAUGCUUGAUGUGAACCUAAAGGUAAACAUUGCUAACAUGCUUAUUUUCAAAACAGCGAAUAACAAAUCUUUAACCGACGUUGGGGAAUAA